UGGGCAGCUGAGGAUGGAGGCGGGCAUGAACCUGCUGCACGACGCGGGCGUGCGGGCCACGCACCAGCUGCAGGUGCACUUCAAGGGCGCCCAGCACUGGUUCCUCUUCGUCUCCUUCGCGGCUGACCUCCGCAACACCUUCUUCGUCCUCUUCCCGCUCUGGUUCCACUUCUGUCGGCCCGUGGGCAUCCGGCUGCUCUGGGUGGCCGUCAUUGGCGACUGGCUCAACCUCGUCUUCAAGUGGCUGCUCUUCGGGGAGAGGCCGUACUGGUGGGUGCACGAGACCGACUAUUAUGGCAACACCUCAGCCCCGCAGAUCCAGCAGUUCCCGCUCACCUGCGAGACUGGUCCUGGGAGCCCUUCGGGCCAUGCCAUGGGCGCUGCUGGUGUGUACUACGUCAUGGUGACCGCUCUGCUCUCCAUCGCCGCGGGGGACACUGACACAGCCAUUGGGUUUUGCAGGAUUUUGUGGACAGUGCUUUGGACCAGCUUUUGGGCUGUGCAGGUCUGCGUCUGCCUGUCCCGCGUCUUCAUCGCUGCCCACUUCCCGCACCAGGUCAUUGCGGGGGUCAUCUCAGGAAUGGCCGUGGCCAAGACCUUCCAGCACAUCCGAUCCAUCUACAGCGCCAGCCUGCGCUGGUACCUGGCCAUCACCGCCUUCCUGCUGGGCUUCGCCCUGGGGCUGUAUGUGCUGCUGCUGGCGCUGGGGGUGGACCUGCUGUGGACGCUGGCCAAGGCGCAGCGGUGGUGUGCCCACCCAGAGUGGGUCCACCUGGACACCACCCCUUUCGCCAGCCUGCUCAGGAACCUGGGGGCACUCUGCGGGCUGGGGCUGGCCCUGCACACCUGUGCACCCACCUGCGGCCGCCCGCCGCUGCCCUUCCGCCUAGCCUGCGCCGCCGCCUCCCUUCUUCUCCUGCACCUCUUCGACACCUUCAAGCCGCCAGACCAUGCACUGCUGCUCUUUUACCUCCUCUCCUUCUGCAAGAGUGCAGCCGUGCCCCUGGCCACCGUCAGCCUCAUCCCCUACUGCCUCUCAUGGCUCCUAGUCCCUGGUGGCAAGAAGGAUGUCUAGGGCGAGCAGCCCCACAGGCAACACCACCGUGCCGGGCAAGGGCGUCAGGCAGCCAGGACACAGCUGCUGCCUGGCCCAGCUGCCACUCUCUGCCCCAAAAGCCGCGUGGACGGAACCCACAGACGCUCCCGCCAUCAGGGACAAGGCAGCUCCCCAGUGGAAGGGCAGGCGCCGGCCGGCUGGGAAGGAGCAGCAUUUGGAUAUGGAGUCCCGAGGCCCUAGUGCCCCCAUGAUCCUCCGCCUGCCCCGUGUGCUGCCGCGCCAUGGUAGCUCAGGGCAUGC